GCUAGGUGAUACUGCAUCUCAAAAACCUAAAAGUGAGGAGGUGGAGAGGCACCUCAGGGGUUAAGAGCACUUGCUGCUCUUCCAGAGGACCCGAGUUUAGUUACCGGCACUCACAACUGGCCGCUCACAACUGUAACUCCAGCUCCGGUAGAGCCAGGGCUUUCUUCUGAACUCCUUGGGUACCAUGUGCAUGUGUGUACAGCACACAUACACAUACAUAAAACACUGAAGCCGGGUGUGGAGUCUCACACCUCUAACUCCAGCAAGGAGAGGCAGAGGCAGGUGUUCCAGGUCAGCCAGGGUUACACAAUGAGACCCUGUCUAUAAAUAAAUGAUGGAAGAUAUAGAAACAGGCAGUGAUGAGCCCAUGGCCUUGCCAUGCCGAGAAGUGCAGUCUCUGAGCCCCACUCAAGCCCUCCCCCGCUUCUACCUCCGGAGUCCCUGGCUUCAUCUCUGCAGCCUCCCAAAGCCGAGUCCUCUCUCCUUGGAGGCCCUCUGGCCUCUUACUUCCCUGAAGGCCACCCUUAACCCCAUCAACUCCUGGGUUUUCUUUGUUGCCUAGGCUCCAAUUCUAGUACCCUGGUUCUCGGCCCUGCCAGGGUUCUGGUUCCGGAAUGUUCUCUGCAGGUACCCUGGGCCUAGCUCCCAUCUAGACCACAGGGCAGCACUGGAGUCAUGGGCAAGACCAUUCCCCGGUGCCUGCAGCAACUGGACCUCCGCAAAAGCGUGGUGGGCCUAGCUACAGGCGCCGGGGCCGUUUACCUGCUCUACAAGGCCAUCCGGGCUGGCAUAAAAUGUCAGCCGCCCCUCUGCUCCAACUCACCCAUCUGCAUCGCCCGUGAGUGUCCGGUCCCUGGGGAGAGGGCUCUGCCCCAGGAGGCACCUGCUCCUAAGGCCUCCCCUGGGGGAAAGCCCAAAGGCCUGGCCGUUGAGAGAGAGCGCCACGGGCGGGACUCGGGAGAGAUCCGAAGACUCCUUAACUCGUUGGAGUGCAAACAGGACGAGUAUGCUAAAAGCAUGAUCCUACACAGCAUCACCCGCUGCGUGUACCUGCUGGAGGCUGAGGCCUCGGCUUGUACGACCGAUGACAUCAGCCUGGUGGGGGAGAUGCUGGAUGACAAGGACAACAGCGUCAAAAUCCAAGCUCUGAACGCUCUUAAAGCUUUCUCUGGAAUCAGGAAGUUCAGGCUCAAAAUCCAGGAACAUUCCAUCAAGGUGCUGGAGCUGAUCUCGACCAUCUGGGACACAGAGCUGCAUGUAGCUGGCCUUCGCCUCCUCAACAACCUCCCGCUCCCUGACUACGUGCACCCGCAGCUGCGGCGGGUGAUGCCCGCCCUGAUGGAGAUUAUGCAGUCGGACUAUGUCCUGGCACAGGUACAAGCUGUCCGCCUGCUGAGUUACCUGGCGCAGAAGAAUGACCUUCUCUAUGACAUUCUCAACUGUCAGGUGCAUUCCAACUUCCUGAACCUCUUCCAGUCCUCACAGCCGGGGAGUCUGCUGUUCGAGGUGCUGGUGUUUGCUGAGCGGCUGAGUGAGGGCCGGAACUCAACCCACUACCGAGCAGUGAAGUGGCAUUACAACGAGCAGUCCCUGCACGAAGCCCUCUUUGGGGAUGAGUCCAGACUGGCCGACCGACUGCUCUCCCUGGUCAUCCACCCCGAGGAGGAAGUCCAGAUCCAGGCCUGCAAAGUCAUAGUCAGCUUGCAGUGUCCCCAGGACUUGGGGUCCCGACCCUCAGCCUGCCGUCCCAGCCAUUCCUACUUUAAAAACGGGGAGUAACAUUAAGGAGAACCAAUAAAUGCAUAUGGGAGGGAAGCGUGA